AGUCGAGCCUCGAUGUAAUUAAAGCGCAGAUCACGUCUUCCAGACGUCUCAAAGCGCUUCACAGGAAAUACUGUAAACGUGAGCUGCCUGGAAGAUGUUUAAUCUGAAUUGAAUGGUUUGCUUCAGAUCAAAUGGGUAGCGUUAAAGAAGAUGCCACUCAACUGAAGGAAAAGCUAAAUGAAACCCGGAUCAAAUUUUUCACUUUGUGGGAAAGUGACUAUAAUUCAGCGGGAUUCAAACAGCAAUACCGGGAGUCCUUAAAGAUCACAACAGACAAAUGUUUACAAAAAUAUGAAGAAGAGAAAGUAAUGUGUGCAAAGAUCCAACAAACCAGUAAAGCUAUUUCCGAGCACAACAUUCUUAUCACAAAAAGAUAUGCAGAUCUGAAGAAUGCACAUUCAGACUUCAAAAGCUCUGUACAGCAAAAGGGGGAGCUUUUGGAAAAGAUCAAGGAGCUGAAGGAAGGAAUUGUCAAAAAACAAGGGUUGCUCCUUGUGCAAAAACAAGAAAAUAAAGCAAGACUGAAGGAAUUAAAUAAAGCUGCAGACUUGUUCAAGAAACGCAUGGGACUGGAAAUACGAAAAGUGCAGGGUGAACAGCUACAGUUUAUCUUCAGAUACAUCAAUCAUAAAAAUCCAGAGCAGCCAUUUACAUUCCUAUUGAAAAUCAAUGAUGAAGGAAAUUACCAGGUGUUGUCGUGUGAUCCACCUCUGGAAUGCAUGACCGUGCUGCAGGAGAGACUGAGACAAAGCAACAAUUUCUCUGCUUUUCUUGCAAAUAUCCGGAAAGCCUUCACUGCAUUGAUAUAAUUCAAGAACGCCUUGACAGCAUUUAUAUUACCUGUUUCUCUAAUUAUGUUUAACUUAUUCAGCUGUUUGUAUUUUCUCUUCUAAAGAAACACAAAGGAACUUCUUCUGCGUCUGUCUUUAUAUAUGUUUCUCUAGUGGAUACUGUUUUGACUGUAAUAUCUACUUGCUGACAUUUAUACAGCAAGAAUUGUGUUCAGUUUAAUUCUGUAAUAUAGGCUGCCUUUUCACUGUCGUAUACAUUCGCUGCCUGUUAUCUAAACUUUUUUCUUAAUCAUUGAUAUUUCUUAUACAAUAUAUUUUUUAUCUACAUUUGGUGGAUUGGUACUAAAGUAUGUUGUACGAUGGCCGUGAUCAAACCUGUAUAAGUGAUAAAUGACUGGCUAUGUAGCCAUGAAACAAUGCUUCUGCUGUAGUGUUAAAUAAAGUAAUUUUCCAAGU